UCUUCUUCUUCUUCUUCUUCUUCUUCUUUCGAGUGAAGCGUUGAAUACAGCAGAAACAACAAAAAGAGAGGACGGGCAGAAUGGGUUUCUGGCAGGAGUUUGUGGCCGGGGGGCUGGGCGGCAUGGCCGGAAUAAUCACCGGUUAUCCGCUCGAUACGCUCCGAAUGCUCCGGCAGUACAAGCGCCUUUCCACUCCGACUUCGGCGUUGGCCAUCCUCCGGCGGGUGGUCGCAACCGACGGACCCCUUGCCCUCUACCGCGGCAUGUCCGCUCCUCUCGCCUCCGUCACUUUUCAGAAUGCCGUGGCUUUCCAGAACUACGCAGUCUUGUCCCGGGUGUUCGACUCUAAGGUGGCUGCCUCAGACCCCCCUUCCUUCAAAGGAGUCGCCCUCGGAGGCAUCGGCACAGGCGCCAUCCAAAGCCUAAUGCUCACACCCGUCGAACUCCUCAAGAUCCGCCUCCAACUCAGCACCACCAACCACAGAGGUCCGGCUAGCCUCGCCAGAACCAUAUUCCGAACCGAAGGCUUCCGGGGACUUUACAGAGGCCUCACGGUCACAGUCCUCCGGGACGCCCCCGCCCACGGCGUCUACUUCUGGACAUACGAGUACGCGCGGGAGAAGCUGCACCCGGGGUGCCGGAAGAGCGGCCAGGAGAGCUUCCAUACCAUGCUGGUCGCCGGAGGCCUAGCCGGAGUGGCGAGCUGGAUUUGUUGCUACCCUUUGGAUGUGAUCAAGACUAGGAUUCAGGCCGAUCCGCAGCCAAGAUACAGGGGAAUCGUAGAUUGCUUCCGGAGGAGCGUAGAGGAAGAGGGCUUCGGUGUAAUGUGGAGAGGAUUGGGGACUGCAGUUGCAAGAGCUUUUGUAGUGAAUGGGGCCAUUUUCACUGCUUAUGAAACCGCUCUGAGAUUCUUUUAACACCAAUGCCGCCGCCAACAACUAUCAUACUAAAGCAUGAAAUUAUGAUUAUUACAUCUUCUCAAUGUUUAUAUAUAUAUAUAUAUAUAUGACAUAAUUCAUUAUGCAAACAA